AGAAUUCAGUAAACUUUGAAGUGGGAGGGUGAGACGCAGCUGCGACGACGAACGAGGACAUACACGGAUUACUGCCGAGCAACAAACGAGCCCUACCACAUACCCUCGCCAUCCUAACCACCCGACGAUUCGACCCAGCCGACGCUGUUCCCCGAAUUAACUCCUCGUCCCGUCCCUCCGCACGACAGAUCCCUUUCAUCUCCGACGCCAUCAAGUCAUCACCAUGGCUGACCAAGCUUCCUACAUGCACCUUGCCCGACCUCUCCCCACGGUCCCGGUUCCCCACGCGCACGCUACUACCGCGCCCCUCAAUGUCACGAUACACACCCAGGCUCUCUUUUCGAUCCUUGAUCACUCCCUGCGACGGAACAUGGACCAGGAGCGUGUGAUUGGAACUCUGCUGGGUGUGAGGAGUGAUGAUGGAACGGAAGUCGAGAUCAGGAACUGCUUCGGCGUUGGACACAACGAGUCGCAGGAGCAGGUUGAGGUCGACAUGGAGUACCACAAGACCAUGUUGGGUCUCCACCUCAAGGCGAACCCCCGGGAGGUGCUUGUGGGCUGGUACGCGACUUCGCCAGAGCUCAACACAUUCUCUGCCUUGAUCCAGAACUUCUAUGCCUCUAACGGCGAGGGAACUUUCCCCCACCCCGCCGUCCACCUCACCAUUUCCACCAAGCCCGGCGAGGACAUUGCGAUCAAGACCUACAUCUCUUCCGCCGUCGGAGUGAAUCCCGACCGCAUUGCCGACAGCUGUCUCUUCGUACCGGUUCCCCAUGAGAUUCGGUAUGCCGAGUCGGAGAAGAGUGGACUGGAGUUGAUCUCUAGCGCGAAGAACAACGAGGAUCGGAAUAUCCCCAUCAUGACCGACAUUGGCGCUCUGGAGAAGGCUAUCGAAGAUGUGAUCGGCAUGCUUGACCGCGUGAGCGACUAUGUCUCAAAAGUCAUUAAGGGUGACGCUCCUGCUUCCGUCGCCAUCGGAAAGUUCUUGAUGAACACCCUCAGCCUGGCUCCCAAAGUGAACGCCGCCGACGUCGAGAGAAUGUUCAACUCCCACAUCCAGGACGUUCUCAUGGUUUCCUACCUUGCCAACACCAUCCGUACACAAAUUGAUCUUUCCGGACGGUUGGCGACAUACAACUUCGGUCCCAAGGACCCACUUGCCGCGGUGACGCCUGCGCCUGUGCCGGCGACGACGACCACGACGACGACAACCAAAUAAGCGCAUGAAAUGUCAAAAAAGGAGGGGAAUGGAAAUGGGACAUUGGAUACUGAAGCGAGCAACUUUUUUCGACUUUCUGGGUGGCUAUUUUGUGAGGAACGACGACGGGGGACCAGGUAUGCUCGAUAUUUCGUUCCUAGGAAGGUUCGGGGAGUUUGAGGAGCGGGUUCUUUUACAUACAAUACAUGAAUUGUUCGUUUCCUUACAAUAAACUACCUAAUCCACGA